AUGGACGACACCGACGGCGAACCCAUAUCCAACCGCGACGAGCCGAUCCCAGUUCUGCGCAUACCUUCUCGCGAUGACGAUCCAUACUCCGCGUCUGACGGCGAUUCCAAAGGCAAGAAGAGGGACAGAUUCAUGAGCCAUGCGAACAAAUUCAAGGACAAAGUCGAGGAAUACAGCACUCCCGAUGUCAGACAGAGUCUUCAAGACCGCAUGUUUGCGAGCAUCAUCUCGCAAAUCGUGGGCGAAGAGUAUGUCGAAGGAGACGGUGCGGACACACCGCCUGGGUCCAAGAAGAAAGACCGCAGGUCGAGGUCCUAUGUCGACCGACCGCAAUUCGGCCCUAGAAUUAUGGCCGCCAAUUUUCGACGGUUCAAUUCGAGGAUCGGAAUCGCGUUUGUGCUGCAGAACAGAUUGAUCAGAUUGUUCACCUGGAAGACACCUACGGCUACAUUAUCGUUUCUGGCGGUUUACUCUCUGCUCUGUCUCAAACCGCAUCUGCUGCCUCUGCUGCCGCUAGUCGGCGUUCUGUUCAGCAUCAUGGUUCCUUCUUUCCUGGCACGACACGCUACGCCAGCCGAUGACCCUCGAAUACAGCCUAGUCUUCAAGGACCGCCUACGGCACCUGCUAGUCGCGUCAAGCCCGCGCCAGACAUGAGCAACGACUUUUGGAGGAAUAUGAGAGAUCUGCAGAAUUGCAUGGAAGAUUUUUCUCGAAUCCACGAUGCUGCCAAUGAGUACAUCACGCCAUAUACGAACUUCAGCGACGAGGCGUUUAGCUCUUCGAUCUAUCUGUCGUUGCUGGCGUUGAGCUGUGCGGCCUUCUUGGGAAGCCACAUCGUGCCGUGGAGGUUCGUUGCACUGCUUGGGGGCUGGCUGGCCACAGGAGCUGGACAUCCAACAGCGCAAGAUGUGCUGUUGUCCUCGCGAAACCUAAGUCAGCUCCGCCAGCAGCUCGAAGGUCUGCAAAUGGCCUUUCGCCACUGGGUGGACACCGACGUUGUUCUGGACGAGCCUGCCGAACUGCGUCAGGUGGAGAUUUUUGAGCUGCAAAGGCAUCACGACGACAGCGAUACCUGGGAACCUUGGCUUUUCUCUCCAUCUCCGCAUGAUCCGCUCAGCCCUGCGCGACUGUCUGAAACUCGCCCAAAGGGCACGCAGUUCUUCGAAGAUGUCCAGUCGCCAGCGGGAUGGACAUGGAAAGAGAAGAAGUGGGCCCUGGACCUGUUCAGCCGCGAAUGGGUGGAACAGCGUAUGAUCACCGGCGUGGAAAUCGAAACAGAAGGUGAACGAUGGGUGUACGAUAUCCCGCCGGAGGAAGCGGAGGAGCUGAUGGACCUUCCGCCAAGCAUGCGGGCCAAAAAGUUGGCCAUCCAGCGAGUACGAAGUGUACCAAAGAGCGGAUGGGAGGAAGGCACUGGACUUGAGCCACGUGGUGAGUGGCGACGCCGCAGAUGGACGAGGCUAGUAGAAAGAAAGCUCGAUAUCGGCACGGAAGGCAUGGUAUGGAUCGCUCGAGGCGGAUAG